CUCUCAUUCUUGGCCGACCAUGACCUCCUCUCUCAAUUUUGUUCUUAAUUAUCUCUUAGUUCCCCUCUUCACAUCCGUAAUUGUCCUUUCAAUUAAUCCUAUGGAGAUGAUUGAUCCUUCAAACUCUGAGAAUUCCAACAAAAUAUUAACAUGGAGGUCUGAGGAACUACUAGGUUUAGGGCAAGUUAAGUUUUAUAGGUGUAGCUUUUGUAAAAGAGGUUUCUCAAAUGCACAAGCACUAGGUGGACAUAUGAACAUCCAUAGAAGAGAUAGAGCCAGGCUUAGAGAAUUUUCAAGUGAUCAAAACUUGCUUUCUUUGGACAUCAACAACUCCAUUUAUCCCCCUCCUCUUCUUGCAAACGAUGACUUGUUGCAACGAGAUGUAUCAUCGCCAUACGAUGAGGCAAUAAUUUGUAGCUCCUCAAAAAGGAGAUGUGUCACGUAUGAAGAUCAAAAAGAUCAUCCUACAUCCAAGGUGAAUUAUGAUCAUAAUCCUCCUCAUCCUCCUCCUGCGCAUAAUGUCUCGUUGCAACGAGAAGUAUCAUCCUAUGAUAAAACAAUUAUUUGUAGUCCCUCGAAAAAGCCAUGUGUUGCAUAUGAAGACAUUGAUCACCCAACAUAUAAGGUGAAUUAUGAUUAUAAUCCUCUUCCUCAUCGUCCUCCUUCAAAUGAUGAAUCGUUCCAACGAGAGGUAUCAUCAUACGAUGACACAAUAAUUAGUAGCUCCUCGAAAAGGCCAUGUGUUACAUAUGAUGAAGAAAGUGAUCAUAAUCGUGCAGUGAUUAUUGGAGAUCUUUUGCAAUUAUCCUUAUUCAAGGAGACUCCAUUAAUUAAAGAGGCAAGAAAUCGUAUGGAAGGACAAGUAGAAAAUAAGGGAAUACAACUAAGUCCUCCUUCAGAAUUAGAUCUUGAGCUUCGAUUAGGGAUGGAACAACCUAAGUCCUCAAUAGAGAUCUAGAAUUUGAAGUUUAUGGGAUGACAAUACAUAUGUAUUAAUUGAGUUUCUCAACACAUAUACAUGGUUAGGAUCAAAGUUGCUGAGUUAUGCUGAACCUGUCUUUCCAUAUGCAAGCUCCUCCCUUUGUCCUCAAUGAAAGACUUGUAGUUUAUUAUAACAUGAUCAAAUAUAUUAUCCAUCAAAGAGGUAACUUCUUUCCUCAUCUUACCAAUUCUCUUAUUAUUCUAUUAUCAUUUUUAGGGUGUAAUUUUUUUUUUUUUUUUUUUUCACUUAAACGAU